AUGCGACUGAUAAUAGAGGAUACGGCCGAGCAAGUUACUGACUUUGCAGCACGUUAUGUACGAAAUUGUAUCAAUGCACAUAACUGUGGACCAGAUCGACAUUUCGUACUAGGCUCCACACCAUUAGGUAUGUACAAAAAAUUGAUCAAAUUCUACGAGGAGGGUACACUUUCGUUCAAAUAUGUGAUUACUUUCAACAUGGAUGAGUACGUCGGCCUACCAAGGGACCAUCCAGAAUCGUACCAUUCGUUCAUGUACAACAACCUCUUUCGCCAUAUCGAUAUUGAACCCACUAAUGUGUACAUACUCAACGGCAACGCGGAGGAUGUCGAAAAAGAGUGUCGCGAAUACGAGGAGAAGAUUGCUAGCGUUGGAGGAAUCGAUCUUUUCAUAGGAGGAAUUGGCCCUGAUGGUCACAUCGCAUUCAAUGAACCAGGGAGCUCACUCGCAUCACGCACUCGUCUUAAAACGCUCAAUGCAGACACAAUAAAGGCGAACUCACGGUUUUUCGGUGGCGAUAUGUCCAUGGUGCCGACACAGGCAUUAACCGUUGGCGUUAAGACAGUAAUGGAUGCCAGAGAAGUGAUGGUUCUGGUCACCGGUUCCCAUAAAGCUCUAGCUCUUCACCAUGCUAUAGAGGGCGGUAUUAGCCACAUGUGGACGGUCAGCGCCAUUCAAAUGCAUCCGAAAGCUAUGUUCAUCGUUGACGAGGACGCUACAUUGGAACUCAAAGUAGGUUAUUAA